AUGGAGAGUUACCACAGUCUUUUACAAGCUUCAUCUCAGCUUCAGAGCACUCUGCAGCAGGUAACUGUGCCCAUCAGCCUGAAAGAGGUGGGCGGUUUCAUCGAGAAGCAGGUAGCCUACUUGUCAGGGGGACGAGGGGAGGACUCCAGCGUCAUCAUAACACUCCCAGAAUGCUCUGCGUUUAGUGACAUUCCUGAAGAAGCUUUAGCCAAAGUCUUUACAUACCUCACGCUCAUCCCCCGAAAAAGGCAACCUGGAGUCAAGUUCAUCAUCAUUUUAGAUCGAAGACUGGACACUUGGCCUUCCAUUAAAACUGCACUGGCAAGAAUCUCAGCAUCCUUUCCUGGAAAUCUUCACCUGGUCCUGGUGCUGAGACCCACCAGCUUUUUCCACCGCACUGUGACUGACAUUGGCUUUCGCUUCAGUCAAGAGGACUUCAUGCUUAAGAUGCCAGUGGUCAUGCUGAGCUCUGUGACAGACCUUCUACGCUACAUUGAAGAAAACCAGCUCACAUCGGAGUUUGGAGGAACAUUAGACUAUUGCCACAGUGACUGGAUAGUUUUACGAACAGCGAUUGAGAGUUUUGCCAUGACAGUCAAAGACAUAGCUCAUUUGUUGCAGAAUUUUGGCACUGAGGUGGCUGAGACUGAUCUGCCCAAUGAGACAAAAAACACAGAGUGCCUUCUGGAAUCACAAACCAACAAAUACAGGAAACUGAAAGAUGCAAUCAGAACCGUGUCAAAAGAGGGUUGUCAUCUGCUGUCAAAUCUGCAGACGUCUGAUAAAGGAGACUCUCACUGGGAUGUGCGGCUAGACACUGAAACUGUGCACAGGCUUCUAGCUCAACUCAGAGAAAUGGAGUCUGCCUUUGAUGGUUUCUUUGAAAAGCAUCACAUGAAACUACAUCAGUACCUGCAGCUGCUGAGAUUCGAACAAAGUUUCCAGGAGAUGGAGAUGUGUUUAGAGCAUCUCCAAACUCAGGAGAAGGACCUUCUUUCUUCAGUCGACAGUCUUCCUCGAGCAGAGCAGGCACUGAAGAAGAUGGACACACUUUGGUCAAGUGCUUUAGAUGUGAUGUCACGGGCUCAGAUCAUAAUCCUCCACGGACACCAACUUUCUGCUAAUCACCAUUAUGCCAUGGCGCUCAUUAUGCAGCGCUGCAACGAGUUGCGCCACUGCUGUGACACUCUGAACGUGGCUCUGAAGAGCAAACACACGGCUCUGCUGCAGGCGCAUCAGCUGCUGCUCUGUCUGGGUCAGGCCCAGACCUGGUGUGAUGAUGGAGCUUAUCUAUUGGCAAGUCAAGUUGGAAAUAAGUACCAGUCUAAAGAAGGCGCGCAGUCUGCUUUAAAGGACAUUGAGAACUUCCUGCAGGGGGCGCCGUCAGUACUGAGCUCCGGCCCUGAGAUUGUAGCCAUUGAAUAUGAAGCGAUUCUUACUCCACAGCUGCAGUCUCAAAUCCAAAAAACCUUUGAAAAAUAUGCAACAGUACAACAAAUGAUUCAGAAUCGACAAAACUGUUUGAAAAAGUUGGCAGACAAACACAUACGACCAGUGCAGCUUGUGGCCCCAAGAGCUGAGAACUCUCCUCGCUCAAAGUCUCCUCUCUUCUCUCCUAAGAACAGUGAUGGCUUAAAGUUCACCUUUGACCUUUCAUUACCCGGAAAGAGGACAUCCAAAAAAGCCAUUCACUCCAGAAAGAUCGAGGUUAUCCAUGACUACCAGGAGAGCCGUAGCUGCUUGUCGUACAGUGUGGAGGGAGAGGACAGCCCGGACGUCCUGAAGCGACGUGUCAUGAGGGAAUUGAUCGAGACUGAGAGGAUUUAUGUGGAGGAGCUGCUGUCAGUGCUCUUGGGUUACAGAGCUGAAAUGGAAAACCCGGCCUUGUCUGGUCUUCUGCCUCCAGAAAUUGUCAGCACGAGAGACAUUCUCUUUGGAAACUUGCAUGAGAUCUACAAUUUUCACAGUAGGGUUUUCCUGCAGGAUCUCGAGGGCUGCCUGGAGAGCCCAGAGGCUGUUGGUGCCUGUUUUCUAGAACGCAAAGAGUGUUUUCAGAUGUAUGAGAGUUACUGUCACAAUAAGCCACAUUCAGAUGCUUUGUGGAAGAAGUUUUCUCAAUGUACAUUCUUUCAAGAAUGUCAGAAAAAACUAGAGCACAAACUUGGUCUUGAUUCUUACCUUCUAAAACCAGUGCAGCGUCUGACUAAAUACCAACUGCUGCUCAAGGAGCUGCUGAAAAACUGCAGCACAGAGUCAGAAGGAACCUCAGAUCUGCAAGAAGCUUUAGUAGCAAUGUUGGACUUGGUGAAAUCUGUAAAUGACUCCAUGCAUCAGACGGCCAUCACAGGAUAUGAGGGGCAGCUGUGUGAGCUGGGCAGAAUGCUACUGCAGGGCUCCUUCAGUGUCUGGAUCAGUCACAAGAAAGGAGCUACACGGAUGAAGGAGUUUGCCCGCUUCAAGCCCAUGCAGAGACACAUGUUCCUCUACGAGAAAGCCCUGCUCUUCUGUAAACGCCGUGAGGAGCACGGAGACGCCUCUGACAAGACUCCUUCAUACAGCUUCAAACACUGUCUCAAGAUGACAGCUGUUGGAAUCACAGAGAACGUUAAAGGAGACGUCAAAAAGUUUGAGAUCUGGUACAGCGGCAGAGAGGAGGUCUAUGUCAUUCAGGCUCCCACACCAGAGGUUAAGACAACAUGGUUGAAUGAGCUACGAAAAAUACUGACAAACCAGCAAAAACUCCUGAGAGAAGAGGCUCAUCAACACGGCCCUCUGUGUGAACACGUGCAACUCGAGAGUAAACAGCAGAGGGCGUCCGUGAGUUCAGAGGACACCGAGUCCGGCCGGAGCAGUCCAGACCAGCAUUCAAGUUCUCCCAAACAACAGAACCGCAGGAGUUGGCCCGGGGCUCAUCACGCUGCUGAGGCUGCGGAGGAGUGGUCUGGACAUGGUGAUCCUUUUCAUUUGUCGGACUCAGAGGGGGCGACUCUGCUGACACUGCUUCCAGGCAGAUAUGUAGCUUUGUCAGACUGCCCUGAGAAUGGAACUAAAAGUGUGGCCAUAAAGUCUGGAGACAUCAUUCAACUGAAGCAUGAAGAAAAGCCAGAGUUAUGGCUGGUGAAAAACCUGUCAAUGCAAACGGAGGGCUUGAUGUCCACAGCCAGUGUGCAGUCAGUAUUGAUGUGUUGUCAGAGGGGGCAGACGAGCAGACUGGGCGAACCAGCCACUCUAAAGAUGAGAAAACUCAGCACUCCGUAG